AUCUGUUCCGAAAACACAUUCAAAUCAACACAAUAGAUCGAUCGUACGUCGAUCGUAACAUAACGAGCAGACAUCCAAAUCAAGCGUACAUGCGUAAGUUAACACCUAUCGCGACUGGCGGGAAUCUCCGCACCAUCAGUAACAAAACAACGCUGCAAACGACCGGAAGAUGCGGACAAGCGGACGGGCACGGGUUCAUUAGCACGAGUUACCCGUGCCAUGGAUUUUAAGGCGCAGAACCAUACACAGCCAUUCGACGAUCGUCGUGCUGCGUGUGUGAGAGCAUAGCUUUAGUUCAACAUAAAUGUGCCGUGAAAGUGUGUACCUGUGUGAAGCUGCUACAGUGUACAGUGUAAUGAAUGUGACGGUGAAUGUGUUGAUAAUGUAACUAGCAGUGGUAAAAAUUAUGAGCCAUAAAUGUACAGCGCAAUCCGUACGUUAUGUGAAACGUCAUUGAAAUCGGGCAGGAAGUGUGUGUAGAUGUGUGUCUUGUGACAAACGGAUGUGCAUUAAAUGAAUUAUAGAAGAAGCGAAGCAAUCAUGCCGAGCAAGAAAAUUCGUAAAAUAAAAUCAUUUUUAUAGUUUCGAUCAUGUUUUGCAUGCAGAGAAAGAUGUGAUUUAAAUCUGUGCUGCACUGUUUGUGUUUGUGUGCGUGUGUGUCUGAUGUGUUUGCGUCUGUGCUAUCGCUCAAAUGGUGAACGACAAGCAAAUAGUCGGUUCGCUAAUGCCUGCGGCAUAUAUCCCAUAAUGUAUACAAACCAGUUGUAAAAAAUAAAGAUUUGUGAAUAGCGUAGUCCACUGCCAUUUUCGUUCGCUUAGCUUAGCGAAUAGUAAGAAUUGUGAAAUCAUACGCAAUCAUACACCGCCUCAGCAAGAUGGGUUUAGCAUCAUCAAAGGCCGUCAGCAGCAUUGCCGUGUCUUCGUCGCAUGCUGCUGGGAGCACCGAUAAGGGCAAUGGUCGGUUGAGCAAGGAUAGUGUGAUCGUCGAAACGAACUACGCUUCGAUGUCAACAGACAUUCAGCAGCCUUGCUCAAUACUUCCGUCCCCGUCUGGUAGCAGUGGUAUUGACACCUGGAAAACGUCUAGCUGUCACGUCCGCCAAGCUAGCAUACGGUCCCGGAACCUGCAGCCCAUGCCGGAUGCGGGCGAACUUGAUCGACGAUUUGCGAAAGUCCUGGCAUCGAUGGACCUUCCACCGGAUAAAGCAAAGUUGCUGAAGAACUAUGAUAACGAGAAAAAAUGGGACAUCAUAUGUGAUCAGGAAAUGGUGCACGCAAAAGAUCCUCCGGCACACUAUCUCACCAAGCUCCGCACCUAUCUCGAUCCCAAGGCGUCCCGAAGUCACAGGUUUCGCCCUUUCCCACAGAAGCGGAAGAUGGUUGGCGAAUCAACAUCGACACAGGUUUUGCGCGAUCUGGAAAUUUCCCUUCGAACUAACCAUAUCGAGUGGGUGAAGGAGUUUCUGGACGAAGAAAACCAGGGUCUCGACGCAUUGAUAGAUUAUCUCAGCUUUCGGUUGACCAUGAUGCGGCACGAACAGCGUAUCCUGGAAGCAAAGUCAGAAUCGGACGAAGGCCUAACGACGAAAGAGACAGCGGCCAACAGUUCGUACGGGAGCAACGAAACUAAUCACAAGAUUGCACCAAACGGGUUCAUGCGUCCCGGUCUGGGUGACAUGCUGGACAGCCCCAGCAUAAAGCGCCGUUCCCGCCACAUCGCAAAACUCAACAUGGGCCUGACGACGGAUGACAUUCACGUGUGCAUUAUGUGCAUGCGGGCCAUCAUGAACAACAAGUACGGAUUCAACAUGGUCAUCCAGCACCGGGAAGCGAUCAACUGCAUCGCACUCAGCUUGAUCCACAAAUCGCUGCGCACCAAGGCGCUGGUGCUGGAGCUGCUGGCGGCCAUUUGCUUAGUGAAGGGUGGACAUGAAAUCAUCCUGUGCGCGUUUGACAACUUUAAGAAAGUGUGCUCCGAGCAGCGCCGCUUCCAGACGCUGAUGGAAUAUUUUAUGAACUACGAGCUGUUUAACAUCGACUUUAUGGUGGCGUGUAUGCAAUUCGUUAACAUUGUCGUCCACUCGGUGGAAGAUAUGAACUACCGGGUACACCUGCAGUACGAGUUCACAGCGCUCGGGCUAGACGAGUAUCUGGAGAAGCUCCGGCUGACGGAAUCGGAGGAGCUGCACGUUCAAAUUUCAGCCUACUUGGACAACGUGUUCGAUGUGGCUGCCCUGAUGGAGGACAGCGAAACGAAAACGGCCGCGCUCGAACGUGUCAACGAGCUGGAAGACGAGCUUGGCCGAGCGCUGGAUCAGGCCAGCGAAAUAGAGCGGGAAGCACUGUUCAAGAUCGGGGAGCUGGAGGCGGAGCUGAGCCGAACGCGCAACGAACGGGACGAUUUGUACAACAAGCAGCUGGUGGUGGAAGACGAAAUCGUAAAGCUAAAGCGCGCUCUGAAACAACACGAGCAAGAAUCCCAAAGCCGACAGUCAAUGCUCCUCGAGCUGGAGAAUCUUACCAAAACGCUUCCCAAAGGUACGUCAAUUGCAGACGUAUCGAACCUCCUGGCGAAGGGAGGCUUGUCCGAGCUUAGUCCUACGGGUGCAGCUGGCACUGGUGCAGGUGGUCAGCAGCAAGCACCACCGAUACCGCCCCCACCGGCCCCGCCAAUACCACCCUCGGCCGCAAAUGCUCCCAUGCCUCCUCCACCACCCUGUCCGCCUGCACCGCCCAGCGGACUGUCGAACGGUGGUGAACCACCGAAAGCUCCCCCCAAACCGCCGUCAUUCAUUCCAGUACCACCGCCGAUGGGUGGACCAUAUGGUGGCAACAACGCACUGCACUGCACGGACGGUGCAAUGACGAUAAAGCGCAAGGUGCAGCCAAAAUACAAGCUACCCACGCUCAACUGGGUAGCGCUGAAACCGAACCAGGUUCGUGGCACGAUCUUUAAUGAGUUGGAUGACGAGAAACUGCACCGGCAGAUAGACUUUGUCGAUUUCGAGGAGCGGUUCAAGAUCGGUAUGGGCGGGCCGGUAACCAACGGCAACUGUGAUAUGGACGGGUUGACGGCGUUCCCCAGCAAACGGUUCAAGAAACCCGAGCACAUUUCCCUGCUCGAACACACGAGAUUAAGAAACAUUGCAAUAUCUCGAAGAAAGCUAGAAAUGCCCGCGGAAACCGUUAUCAAAGCGAUCAACAAUCUCGAUCUCAAGCUCCUGUCGCUGGAAAAUGUGGAACUGCUGCAAAAGAUGACACCGACCGACCAGGAACAGAAGCUCUACAAAGAGUAUGUGAUAGAGAAGAAAGAUCUGAACCAGCUGACGGAGGAGGACAAGUUUAUGCUGCAACUGACGAAAGUCGAACGAAUCUCAUCGAAACUAUCGAUAAUGAACUACAUUGGGAACUUUUUCGAAAGCUGGCAUCUCAUUAGUCCGCAAGUGUACUCCAUCAUUUCCGCAUCCUCCUCAAUCAAGUCGUCGAAAAAGUUCCGCGCAGUGCUGGAAGUGAUUUUGGCAUUUGGCAAUUAUCUGAACAGCAGCAAGCGCGGUCCUGCCUACGGCUUCAAGCUGCAAUCGCUCGACACGCUGCUCGACACCAAGUCGAACGACAAGCGCAUGAGCCUGAUGCACUACAUUGUGGCCACCAUUCGACAGAAGUUUCCCGAGCUGAUGAACUUCGAUACGGAGCUGUUCUGCAUCGACAAGGCAGCGCAGGUAUCGCUCGAGAUGCUCAUUUCCGAUGUGAACGAGCUCGAGAAGGGCAUGGAAACGGUACGCAAGGAAGCGGAUCUACGUGGCAAAGGCACGCAGAGCCAUGUGUUGCGAGAUUUCCUGGCGAACUCGGAAGAAAAGUUGAAAAAAAUCCGCUCUGAUUGUAAAACGGCACAGGAAUCCUUCAAAGAGUGCAUUGAAUACUUUGGCGAAUCAUCACGAAAUGCAGAUGCAAAUGCAUUCUUUUCAUUGCUAGUCCGAUUCGUACGAGCAUUUAAGAUCUGUGAUCAGGAAAACGAACAACGACGACGGUUAGAGGCGGCUGCCCUACAAGCGUCCACCAAGAAGGACGAAGAAGAGCAGGUGGUGCUACGGAAUAAUAAAAUCAAUAAUCAAAAGAAGCAACAGGAAGCUGUCAUCAACGAGCUUAAGCUGAAAGCGCAUGCCGUGCGCGAAAAGAAACUGCUGCAGCAGGACGAGGUUUACAACGGAGCGCUGGAAGACAUACUGCUGGGACUGAAAAACGAACCCUAUCGGCGCGCGGAUGCGGUACGGAGAAGUCAACGCAGAAGGAUCGAUAGCAAUAGGCUCUCGCGAACGAUGGAGGAAGUGGAGGUAUAGGAUCGAUCGGUGCAAACUAUUCCAAUCCGAUGCGCUUGAACAGUGUAAAAGUUGUAUAAUUUAUAAAAAUAAGUUGUUUUUUUUUGUGCGUGUGUCGUAGGCUCCAUAGUGAUUAUAAGUUUUUCUUGCAGAACAUUUUGUAUAUUAUUUGAAGCAAUUGUUAGUGAUGUCCCGUAAUGUAUCAUAUAUCUGUUUAGCAGGGUGUAUAUAUAUAAAUGAUUUUAAAACAUUUGUUCAAAAGCUUGGAAGAGAAUUGGUUUUAUUGGUUUGUUCCUAUAAUUUUUGCCUGUAAGACAUCCAUAUCAUUUGUAACGAACGUACCAUUGCCAAUAUGUUGACACAGUUUUGCGCAAGAAACCCCCGAACGAAUGACAAUAUGCGUAUAUCUAUACACAUUCCAUACACGUGCGAUUUUAUAUUGCACCAAAAAGCACGUUGCAUUUAAUAUACAGUAGAUUACAAACACGGCACAAAAGUCUGUCUUUUACAAAACCAAUUUAUAAUAAAAGGGGUUUCCUAAUUAGUUUUAAACACUUCGUUCGCAUAGCUUACGCAAUUACACUAACGCGCGCGAAAUCACGUCGCGCGUAGGACUUUAUUGGUUCGGUGAAGUUGGGAAAUGCCUUGAAACUGCACAACAACAUGCCUGAACACUGUGACUGAGGACUGAUUGAAAAAAAAAGGGAACUUUUUGGACAUUUUUACAAGCUUACUCACUUAUCCGGCGCAACCAGGUAGUAGAAAUGCCAAUCACCAAUAACUGUUUGCGUCCCAAUACAUGACAGCACAAAGGCAUUGUAGGUCUAUACACUAGGCAAAAUAAGUGAAACAAUCACUGUUGGUGCUUACUAAAUUGAACGAAACAAAACAAUGACGGUAAAAGAUUUUUUAAAAUAUCAACUACACGCCACAAAUAACAACAUGAUUCUAUCCACCAUAAUUAUGGCAUAAAAACAAAUCUUAAGGUUUGUCAAAAUAUUCUUGUGCAAGAUAUGUAUCACAUUUCUAGCUUUUGCAUAAAUAUACAUGCAUACAUUAAGUAA